CACAGCUCGAAGAUGUAGUAACGCAUGACCCAGACCCCACGUCACCACCUUCCUUUCCUCUUCGAUCCCUCUCCGAUAUCACGCAGUCCUGUGCGCAAGCGAUCCUCUUAGCCGAUUAGCCGAUUGCUCUUAGACCGCUACCUUGUGCCGAUUCUGUCAAAGUAUCAGACAUGUCGCAGCCACAAAAAUCUUCUUCCAGCACCCUUGUGAUUGGGGCAGGAGAAUUGGGGCUGGCCGUCAUCGAAGGUCUGAUGACCCACGCGUCUGGGGCGAGUCCGCAUCCCCUCCACGUUCUCCUGCGCCCGACUGCGAGUGAUGCAGGGAGGCGAAAGGUGCAGCACAUCAAAGACAAGGGAGCCGAUGUCGUCCAUGGCGAUCUCGCCGAUGACUCCAUUGACGCUCUAGCAUCCAUCUUUGCGGCAUACAGCACCGUCAUUUGCUGCUCUGGCUUUGUGGGCGGCUCCGGCACACAACGCAAGAUCACUACGGCCGUGCUUCAAGCUGAUGUGCAGCGCUACGUGCCAUGGCAAUUCGGUGUGGAUUACGAAGUAAUCGGUAGAGGAAGUGGACAGCCAGUGUGGGAUGAGCAGCUAGACGUGCGCGAUAUGCUGCGCGCACAGUCCAAGACGCAAUGGAUCAUCAUCUCUUCAGGCAUGUUCACCAGCUUCCUCUUCGAACCCUCAUUUGGUCUGGUCGAUUUUGAGCGCGCAGAGGUCCGCGCUCUAGGAAGUUGGGAUUACCGCUUGACAGUCACUACGCCAGCGGAUAUUGGCAAGCUCACUGCGGCCAUCCUUGCGCACGAGCCUCCCAUCCGCAAUCAGGUGGUCUUCACGGCGGGAGAUACCUUGUCCUACACUCAAUUGGCGGACGUGGUGGAGCAACACCUGGGUCGCCAGGUGAGGCGCGUCUUGCUUAGUUUGGAUCAACUCCGCUCCGAUUCCGCAUCGCGUCCAGACGAUCUCGUCUCCAAGUACCGUCUCGCCUUUGCCCGCGAUACGGGAGUGGCAUGGACCAAGGAGCAGACAUUCAAUGCAGCUCAGGGCAUUGCAGUAACAGACGCGCGGUCAUAUCUCAGACAGCGCCAGCUGGAGUGACAAAUACGGUGCGAGCUAUCAAUCGCCUUCGGAUGUGUAUCGCAUCUAUCCUUACGUGGUCUCUAAUUAUACCACGACGAUAUCCUCUCGAGCCGAGCCGAGCCG